GAAUGGCUUGGGUAAGGAACAGUUAAUAAGAGAAUGUGCCUUGCUAACUGUGCACAUUAUAACAAAGAGCUGGCAGCUCCUGAAGGAAAAGGGCUUGUGCCGCUGCCGUUCAAACUUGUCAGUCAACUCGUGCCAGCAGCCUCAGCGUCUGCCUCCCAGCACACCCUCAUUACAUGUGUCUGUCUGGCCUGAUCUGUGCAUCUGCUCAGAGACACUCCUGACAAGUCGGGAAUUUCUCCCUUUCUCCACGCGUGAAAAGAGUGGAUUUCUCCUCGCCGCUCCUCUGUCACCCCUGCUCCUCUCCCCAAGGAGGCUCUUUGAUUUAUGGUAGCUUUGGACGUCCUUCAGCGCCUGCCUGUCCUUGACUUUCAGAAUGGAAGAAGCUGAGCUGGUGAAGGGACGACUCCAGGCCAUCACAGAUAAAAGAAAAAUACAGGAAGAAAUCUCACAGAAGCGUCUAAAAAUAGAAGAAGACAAACUGAAACACCAGCACCUAAAGAAAAAGGCCUUGAGGGAGAAAUGGCUUCUGGAUGGAAUCAGCAGUGGAAAAGAACAAGAAGAGAUGAAGAAGCAAAAUCAACAGGACCAGUACCAGAUCCAGAUUCUAGAACAAAGCAUCCACAGGCUUGAGAAAGAAAUUCAAGAUCUUGAAAAAGCUGAGCUACAAAUCUCAACCAAUGAAGAGGCAAUUUUAAAAAAAUUAAAAUCAAUUGAGAGAACAACAGAAGACAUAAUAAAAUCUGUGAAGAUGGAAAAGGAAGAAGCAUCAGGAGAAUCUAUUGAAUACAUCUAUGCUAAUAUUCCCGAUCUUCCAAAAUCCUACAUACCUUCCAAGUUAAGGAAAGAAAGAAACGAAGGAAUAGAAGAUGAUGAACAAAACAGGAAAGCUUUGUAUGCUAUGGAAAUUAAAGUUGAAAAGGAUUUGAAGACUGGAGAAAGCACAGUUCUGUCUUCAAUACCUCUCCCAUCAGAUGACUUUAAAGGUACAGGAGUAAAAGUUUAUGAUGAUGGGCAGAAGUCAGUCUACGCAGUAAGCUCAAAUCACACUGCAGCAUACAACGGCACCGAUGGCCUGGCCCCAGUGGAGGUGGAGGAUCUUUUAAGACAAGCCUCAGAGAGAAACUCUAAAUCCCCAACAGAAUACCAUGAGCCUGUGUAUGCCAAUCCAUUUUGUCGGCCUGCAACUCCACAGAAAGAAAAGAUUAUCCCUGGACCAAACUUUCAAGAAAGGAUAAAGAUUAAAGCUAAUGGACUAGGCAAUGAUGCAAAUGAAUCCACACACCAUAUGGACAAUGGACUCUCAGAGGAAAGGGGCAACAACAUCAAUCAAAUCAGUCCCACUCGUCCAGUACCUCACCCUCGAUCAGCACCUCAACAGAGAGAGGAGAUCCCCCUCACCCCACCAAAGAGGCCGAUGACUGCCUGUGAAAAAUCGAAUGUCACACAAGAUAAAUAUACACCCUCUCCAAAGACCAGGCUAAGCCCCAGCAAAGCAACAGGUGUAAAGUCACUCACUUGCCAGGAGGAAGAAGAGGACAUCAGAUAUAAUAUCGUCCAUUCCCUGCCUUCUGACAUGAAUGACAGAGAACCCGUGACAAUGAUCUUCAUGGGGUAUCAACAGGCAGAAGAGAAUGAGGAAGAAAAGAAGCUCUUAGCUGGGUAUGAUGGGAUCAUCCAUGCAGAACUGGUUGUGAUUGAUGAUGAAGAGGAGGAGAGUGAGGGGACAGCUGAGAAACCAUCCUACCAUCCCAUCGCUCCCCACAGUCAGGUUUACCAGCCCGCCAAACCCACACCGCUUCCUAGAAAAAGAUGCGAAGUUAGUCCCCAAGAAAAUACAAAGCGCAACUCUCCCCACAAAAACUCCAUAUCUUUGAAAGAACAAGAAGAACGCUUAGGCAGCCCUGCCCAUCAUUCUGCACUUGAUGUGCCAGUAGCUGGAGAUGGGACUGAGGAUCCAUCUUUAACAGCUUUAAGGAUGAGAAUGGCAAAGCUGGGGAAAAAAGUGAUCUAAGAGGCCUGGCUCCACAAUAACACCCUUUGGAGAAGAAACUAAGGAAUUUUUGAAAUUGCUCUUCUGGAUUUUUGUUGUUUUUCUGAAAUCCAAAUAAAUAUGAAUACACCCAUAUUAAGCCAUAUGAAUUAGCAUUAACCAUCAUUCAUUUUUUUAAAAAUCCAAGAGCCUGAGAAGAAAAAGUGCUUCACUUUUCCUGUUACUAGGCACAAUUCAGCAGGGAGAAACCAGUACAUUUGUAUUGCAUUAAUACCAAAGCAUUUCUAAUAAGAGCUUGUUAAAUUUCAAAAUAAAGUUAUUUAACAUA